UUUUUACCAGAAAAUAUAAUUUAUAUUUUUAAAUAGGUAUAGUAACAAAAAAUAAAAAAUUGUAUCGAAAAUGACGUAAUGCUUUUUUUGUAAUUUGUUUUAAUUAAUUUGUGAUUUGUUGUUGUCAAUUUCAAUAAUUGUUGUACUUUUUUACUAGUUUUUAAUUUAUUAUGAUAUUUAUUAAUCGUCAAUCCGAAAGGUUUUAUAAUAACAAUAUGAAAAACAAAUCCGUUAUAGAAUUAAUGUUUCCUUAAUUGUUAGUAUUAUGUUUUUGUGAAGUUUCACAAUUUACAUUACCUUAAUCUGUAAAAUGUAAUGAUUUCUUACAAUUAUGAACUAUUUAAAUCAAUAUAAAAUCCCUACAUUAAAUGCAAUGCACCAAAAUCCUUUUUCUAAUCCAUCAAAUAAAAAUUGUUCACCCCGCUUUCACCACCCAACAACUCCAACUAUAGUUGACCGCAUUGUUUUUCCACAAAUGGUUAAUGAUGUCAGGUACCAAUCAAGUAACAUAUUUGAUCCUAGACAUUUAGAUCUACAAAACACAUUGAAAUUAGAUACUCAUUUCAAUGGUAAUGUGGAUUUUUUUAAAAAUCAUGACAAGAAUGAGUUCUAUGACAAUUAUAGAUAUGUGGAAACACAGUUACCUUCAAAACAAAAUUCUUAUAAAAAUUCUAGUCGCUCACAGGUUCUUGAAGUUAAAGCAAGGAUAUCAGUAGAUGUAUCUACUAUGACCGAUCCUUUGACUUUAGAAGAACAAGAAAGGCUCGGUCAAUGGGAAGGUUUUGCUGCUGUACAGUCUGGUAACAAAGUUGCUGAAUACUUGACUAGUCUGAGAGAAUUUCUUAAGUUAUCUCCACCACAAGAAGGAAAACGAAGACAAGGAUUGGGUGAUGUUAGAAUAGUUACAUCACCUGAUGGUUCUCGGCUAUAUUGCUGUUCUGAAUGCUUAAUGGCAUAUACGGAUAAAACAGUUUUGGAACAUCACUUAGCUAAUCACAAGGUAGAGCGUAGAUUUAUAUGUAUGGAAUGUGGAGCUGGUUUGAAACGAAAAGAGCACUUAGAUAGACAUCAAUUAAGUCAUAGUGAUCAGAGACCAUACACUUGUGCAGCUUGUCCAAAGACCUUCAAGCGUAACGAACAUUUAGCUCGACAUUAUAUUGUACAUUCUGGAGAAAAAGCACACGUCUGUGUAGAGUGCGGAAAAGCAUUUUACCGUCGUGAUCAUUUACAAAAACAUGUCCAGGGUCAUAUUACUAAAAGACUCAAAGCGGUAAUCAAUGCUGUUGUUUAAUCAAAAUAAUAAUUAGUUU